AUGGCGGGGCCGUGCCCCCGGUCUGGGGCCCUGGAGCGCGCCGGCAGCUGCUGGCAGGACCCGCUGGCCGAGGCGCUGAGCCGGGGCCGACCGCUCGCUGCGCCUCCGGGCCGGGGCUGUGCGCGAAGCCGGCCGCUCAGCGUGGUCUACGUGCUGACCCGGGAGCCGCGGCCCGGGGUGGAGCCUGGGGCUGGAACCGAGGCGGAGCCGCUGCCCCUGCGCUGCCUGCGCGAGGCCUGCGCGCAGCUCCCGGGGCCGCGGCCGCCGCCGCAGCUGCAGAGUCUGCCCUUCGCGACGCUGGCGCUGGGUGACACGGCGGCGAUGGACUCGUUCUACAACGCGGAUGUGGUGGUGCUGGAGGUGAGCAGCUCCCUGGCACAGCCCUCCCUGUUCUACCACCUCGGUGUGCGUGAGAGCUUCAGCAUGACCAACAACGUGCUCCUUUGCUCCCAGGCCGACCUCCCUGACCUGCAGGCCCUGCGAGAGGAUGUUUUCCAGAAGAACUCAGAUUGCGUUGGCAGCUACACACUGAUCCCCUAUGUGGUGACGGCCACUGGCCGGGUGCUGUGUGGUGAUGCAGGCCUCCUGCGGGGCCUGGCUGAUGGGCUAGUCCAGGCCGGGGUGGGCACCGAGGCCCUGCUCACCCCCCUGGUGAGCCGGCUCACCCGCCUGCUGGAGGCCACACCCACGGACUCUUGUGGCUAUUUCCGGGAGACCAUUCGGCAGGAUAUCCGGCAGGCCCGGGAGCGGUUCAGUGGGCAGCAGCUGCGGCAGGAGCUGGCCCGCCUGCAGCGGAGACUGGACAGCGUGGAGCUGCUGAGCCCCGACAUCAUCAUGAACCUGCUAAUCUCCUACCGUGAUGUGCAGGACUACUCGGCCAUCAUUGAGCUGGUGGAGACGCUGCAAGCCUUGCCCACCUGUGAUGUGGCCGAGCAGCACAAUGUCUGCUUCCACUACACGUUUGCCCUCAACCGGAGGAACAGACCUGGGGACCGGGAGAAGGCACUGGCUGUGCUACUGCCACUGGUACAGUCUGAGGGUUCUGUGGCACCUGAUCUAUACUGCAUGUGUGGCCGUGUCUACAAGGACAUGUUCUUCAGCUCUGGUUUCCAGGAUGCUGGGUACCGGGAAGAAGCCUACCACUGGUAUCGCAAAGCUUUUGAUGUAGAGCCCAGCCUCCAUUCAGGCAUCAAUGCAGCUGUGCUCCUCAUUGCUGCUGGGCAGCACUUUGGGGACUCUGAGGAGCUCCGGCUAAUAGGCAUGAAGCUGGGCUGCCUGCUGGCACGCAAAGGCUGCGUGGAGAAGAUGCAGUAUUACUGGGAUGUAGGUUUCUACCUGGGAGCCCAAAUCCUCACCAAUGAUUCCACCCAGGUGGCGCUGGCUGCAGAGCAGCUCUACAAGCUCAAUGCCCCCAUAUGGUACCUGGUAUCCGUGAUGGAAACCUUCCUGCUCUACCAGCACUUCCGACCCAUGCCACAGCCCUCUGGAGGACCCCCAUGCCGCGCCCACUUCUGGCUCCACUUCUUGCUACAGUCCUGCCAGCCGCUCAAAAAGGCCUCUCCCCAGGAAGUCCAGUGCUUGGUGCUGGUCCUGGAGAUGAACCAGGUGCUGCUGCCAGCGAGACUGGAGAUUUGGGGUACAGACCCAGUGAGUGCAGUGACCCUGAGCCUGGUGGAGCCCGAGGCUCAGGAUGUUCCCUCCAGCUGGACCUUCCCAGUCACCUCCAUCUGCGGCGUCAGCGCCUCCAAGCGGGACGAGCGCUGCUGCUUCCUCUACGCGCUUCCCCCGGCUCAGGACGUCCAGUUGUGCUUCCCCAGCGUAGGGCACUGCCAGUGGUUCUGCGGCCAGAUCCAGGCUUUGGUGACGAAUCCGGACUCCACGGCGCCCGCGGAGGAGGCAGAAGCCGUGGGGGAGGUGCUGGAGUUUGAUUACGAGUACACGGAGACGGGCGAGCGGCUGGUGCUGGGCAAGGGCACGUAUGGGGUGGUGUACGCGGGCCGCGAUCGGCACAGCAGGGUUCGCAUCGCCAUCAAGGAGAUCCCGGAGCGGGACAGCAGGUUCUCCCAGCCCCUGCAUGAAGAGAUCGCUCUUCACAAACGCCUGCGCCACAAGAACAUCGUGCGCUAUCUGGGCUCAGCUAGCCAGGGCGGCUACCUUAAGAUCUUCAUGGAGGAAGUGCCUGGAGGCAGCCUGUCCUCCCUGCUGCGGUCAGUGUGGGGACCCCUGAAGGACAACGAGAGCACCAUUAGUUUCUACACCCGCCAGAUCCUGCAGGGACUCAGCUACCUGCACGACAACCACAUUGUGCACCGGGACAUCAAAGGGGACAAUGUGCUGAUCAACACCUUCAGUGGGCUGCUCAAGAUUUCUGAUUUUGGAACCUCCAAGCGGCUGGCGGGCAUCACACCCUGCACUGAGACCUUUACAGGGACCCUGCAGUAUAUGGCCCCAGAAAUCAUUGAUCAGGGCCCACGAGGGUAUGGGAAGGCGGCUGACAUCUGGUCACUGGGCUGCACUGUAAUUGAGAUGGCCACAGGUCGCCCACCCUUCCAUGAACUAGGGAGCCCGCAGGCUGCCAUGUUUCAGGUGGGCAUGUACAAGGUGCAUCCACCAAUGCCCAGUUCUCUGUCAGCUGAGGCCCAAGCCUUCCUCCUCCGAACUUUUGAGCCAGACCCUCACCUCCGAGCCAGUGCCCAAGCACUACUGGGGGACCCCUUCCUGCAGCGUGGGAAGAGGAGCUGCAGCCCCGGCUCCCCCCGACAUGCUCCACCACAGCCCUCAGAUGCCCCUUCAGCCAGUCCCACUCCUUCAGCUGACUCAACCACCCAGUCCCAGACAUUUCCACGUCCUCAGGCACCCUCCCAGCACCCACCCAGCACCCCGAAGCGCUGCCUCAGCUAUGGGGGCACCAGCCAGCUCCGGGUGCCCGAGGAGCCCGUGUCCCUGGAGGAGAAUUCGGGGCUGAGCCUGUUGCACCAGGAGAGCAAGCGCCGGGCCAUGCUGGCCGCGGUGCUGGAGCAGGAGCUGCCGGCGCUGGCGGAGAAUCUGUGCCUGGAGCAGGAGGAGCAGGAGCAGGGUUCCCGUCUGGGUAGGAAUCACGUAGAACAGCUGCUGCGCUGUCUCGGGGCGCACAUCCACACUCCCAACCGCCGGCAGCUGGCCCAGGAGCUGCGGGCGCUGCAAGGGCAGCUACGGGCCCAGGGCCUUGGGCCUACACUUCUGCAAGGACCGCUCUUCGCCUUCCCAGAUGCGGUGAAGCAGAUCCUCCGCAGGCGCCAGAUCCGCCCACACUGGAUGUUUGUGCUGGACUCGCUGCUCAGCCGCGCUGUACGAGCAGCCCUGGCUGUGCUAGGACAGGGUAGGAGGGAGAGCGGAGCCCGCCUGCCUGCCGGCGAAGAGGUGAAGGACGCAGUCUCAUCGAAGUCAGAGGAGCUGAGUAAAGAAGGGGAGGCCCAGCAGAGGCAGCAGGAGACCCCCGUCCAGAGGAGCCCGCUCCUGGUGGAACCCGAGCAGGGCCCCCCACCUCUGACGGUGCAGCUGGGCCUCUUGCGAGCAGAGACUGAUAGGCUUCGUGAUGUCCUGGCUGGGAAGGAACGGGAGUGCCAGGCCCUGGUGCAGCAGGCUCUUCGGCGGGUGAAUGAGGAAUCCAGGACCUGUGCCCUGGCCCCCGAAACCCCAGCUGCUCUCCCAGAGGACCAGGCCCUGGUGCAGUGGCUGCAGGAACUGAGGGUGGAUUCAGGCACCAUCCGAAUGCUGCUGAACCACAGCUUCACUCUCCAAGCCCUGCUCAACUGUGCUACCCGAGAUGAUCUCACCUACACCCGCAUCAGGGGAGGGAUGGUGUGCCGCAUCUGGAGAGCCAUCUUGGCACAACGAGCAGGAUCCACGCCAGUUACCCCUGGACCCUGGGAGGCUGAAUGAGGGCAUAAAAAGCAGGACAGACCCAAGGAUGGAUGAAUGGAGAAGACAAAAUCAGGUUCUGACACACCUGCCCCAGGACCCAGGGGAAAAUGGAAAAGGCCAGGCGGAUGGGGGGCCAGGGUAAGGCCCAGGCCUAGUCACAGUGGGGGAAAUCAACCACAGAUGUGCCCGAGCACAACAGACAACACCAGAUUAUUA